UUUCCGGUCAACAUGGCGGAUUACGAGAGUGUGCUAUGUGUCAAAAACACAGUUCAUGUAUACAAAAUACCACCCCGGCCUUCAAACAGAGGGUAUAGGGCAGCUGAUUGGAAGCUUGAUGAACCAGACUGGACAGGAAGACUCCGGAUUGUGUCCAAAGGAAAAGAACUGUAUAUUAAACUUGAAGAUAAAACUUCAGGUGACCUGUUUGCACAGUGCCCAGUAGAACAGUACCCAGGUAUAGCUGUGGAAUCAGUUACAGAUUCUAGUCGAUAUUUUGUUCUACGAAUCAAAGAUGAUGGAGGUCGAUCAGCAUUCAUUGGAAUCGGGUUUGAAGAUCGAGGGGAUUCUUUUGACCUUAACGUAUCGUUACAAGAUCAUUUCAAGUGGUUAAAAACGGAGGAGGAGGCCAAGUCAGCAUCCACACAGUUUGAUAAGGGACCAAAGCUUGACCUGGGCUUCAAGGAGGGACAGACGAUCAAGAUCAAUAUUGGGACAAAAAGGUCAGAUUCAUCAAAUACCAAAGCUAGACCAAGAGGAAAUGCAGGAGGAGGGAUAGGGAUUUUGCCGCCGCCACCAGGGGGAGUGAAACUCCCAGCACCACCAGGGGGCGGUAUACAGCCGCCCCAGCCAUCAUUUGUUGGUGCUCCAGUACCUACACAGCCACAAGCAGCACCAGUGGCACAAAAUAACAGCUCGAGUGCUUCUAGUAACAUUGACUUCCUGUUCGAUUUGGGACCAAGAAAUAACGAUUCUGCUCCACUUCAGCCUCAGGCGGUGCAGAGUAGUUCUGACCCCUGGGGGGACUUUGCUAGUGCUGGGAGGAGGUCUGCUGAGAAGCAGUAGUGUGUGAUAACCAUACCCUAGGUCAGCCGAAGACAACAGCUGGGUCCAGUUCUAGUGACCUAUCAGACAAUUUAAUGUAACGUAGUGCUGAGAUUAGGAUUAGUUUACAUGUACCGGCUGUUCAUCCACCAUCAUCGUCAUCUCCACGACACUUAUACUCAUCAACAUUUGACCUCAUUAAUCAGGUCAUGAUGAUCUUUGACCUUUGACCUGAAAUAAAAUGAACAGGAUAUGUGGUGUUUGUGACCUUUGACCUGAAAUAAAAUGAACAGGAUAUGUGGUGUUUGACCUAUGAAUACAUUUUAACAGUAUAUUCAAAUUAAAUUGUUAUUUUGAUUUACUGAAAAGAAAAUGUCUGUCAAUGUUGGAGCAUUAAACUGUAUUUAUGUACAAAAUGAUAUAUUUACAAUCAUCAUUACUUGGCCAUAUACCGUUAUAUAUAAAGGUCGUAAUAUUUUGAAGGUCAUUGACACUCUGAGGAUAUUUACAUUGUGAAGGUCACCAUUACAGUAUAAAUAUCAUUACAUUAGGAGUCAUCACAGUGUAAAAAUCCUCACAUGUUGAAGGUCAUUCUUUCUGAAGGGCCGAUCCUCACAUGUUGAAGGUCAUUCUUUCUGAAGGGCCGAUCCUUACAUGUUGAAGGUCGUUCUUUCUAAAGGGCAUUCCUCUGUGAAGGACAUAACAUUGUGGCAAUACUCUCUGGUUAUUUUAAUACAUUGUAACUAUGAACCUCAGAGACAAUUGACCUUGAUAUAAUGUCAAGGUCAAAUGUAUAUUUGUGGAGCCUCAUAAGUUCGUACAAAUUGGCAAGGAAACAUUUUUGUAGAAUUUCAAUCAUACGGUCCUUUAAUUAAAUGUCUCCUUGACCAGUGUUGGUCAAAACUUCUCCCUGACCAAUGUUGUUGGUCAAAACUUCUCCCUGACCAGUGUUGUGUUACCUGCGAAUCAAAGGUGAGAUAUAGAGAUCACUGUGUUGUCAUCAGCUUCAUCUACAGAAAUGGUGUGAUAAAUCUCAAAGAAACACUUUGAUUUUCAUGAUACUUCCUAUACGUAGUUUUAUUUUGACCAAAGUCUGAAAAUCAACAUGGCCGACAGCAGAGUCGGGCCACACAUCUGUUUCCAUGGGGAGUUCUUGUUGUGUGGUAUUAUUGUUGAUAGCCAGACUAAGGAAUAGAUGAUCCAGACCAAAAUAUCUAUGUUAUGAUUUGUCGGUUGUGUUAUAUAGAUUAUUUCAUAGAGGUGCAUCAUCGUUGAAAAAACAGGGGCCUGCAUCUGUAAAAUAUGCAAAAUAUCACAAUGGGAAAGGGUUUAUUAAGACCAAAAUAGUGUUCUAGUAAAUAUUCGUAAAAAGUUACGCAAGUUCUAGUAUAAGGAGAGAGUACUGUGUAUCAGGCGUUUUAUUCUUUGAUGCAAAGUUUUUGAAUAUGUUUAAAAUCAAAUUUAUGUACCACAUGACAUGUAUUUCAAUUUUCAAUUUUCACAUGUUUAUGUCUACGGUAACGUUAUUAUGUGACUGUGUGGUAUUUUUCAUUAUUUGGUCAAAAGUUUGUGUGCUACUUUUUGCAAUUUCACAAAAUCAAAAACAAAAAAAUAAAAUUUGCUUAUAAAGAUUAAGAUGCUUUUUGCAAAAAAUGCUUGAUAUACAAUAUUUUCUGUUUGAACAACUUGGAUUGGUGUAAUUUUACUUGACAGUUUCCAGAGUGUUUUAUUCCUACCUCAAUGAGGAAAUUCCGUAAAUAUUACUGAGACAGUGCUGGCCCUGAUCACAAUUCAUUGAAAUUACCCAGAAUAUAAUAAAAUCCCCCUGUGUGUUAUGUGUUGUUGUUUAUAAAUAAAUUGAAUGAAGAAAUAAUUAAACUCUGAUAAAUUUAGUAUUGUAAAUAUAUAUAUAAUGUAUAGAAAUAUGUGUAAGGCUAGGUGUCUCAUAGUAACAUUACAUAAGACUGUAUAGACAUUAAUGAUACUGCUCUCAUUUACAUUUAUGCGUGUGUGCGUGUGCAUGUGGCAAUGUGUGUGAGCAUAUGUGCAUGCAUGUUUGUGUACGUGUAUGAAGUGUCAAGGGCGGUAGAUCAGAUGCACAUUCAUUGCUCAUUCAUCUUUAUAGAAUAUUUAAACUAUAGUGUUAAUUCCAAACAGUGUUGUGGUGUCCGUGUAAUGUGUAGCUAUAUAGUGUAUGGUGGGUGACUACCCCCAAAGGUUUAUAGAAAGCAUAAUGUUCCAGUCUCUGCUGCUUCAAACUUCAUUAGCCUAGAAAAUCAUUAUGAAGACUAUGAAACCAUGAUAUAACAAGUUACAAUAAAAGAUCAAUGAUAUCGUUAUUGUUACUUGUAACACUGAGAAGGAAGCAACCAGGCUUAAGAUUAAAAAAGAGUCGCCUCAAAAUACAUUUCCAAAGUAAAAGUCACAAAAUUUGAUAAAUAGUGUUAUUAGGUAAUGAAGUUUUGGGUGGAUAAGAUCUAAUUAGAUGUGAUUUAUAAAAACAGGAGCUUUAUAAGUUUAGACAGGUGUUUGUAGAAACUACAGAGAAAAUAGAAAUAUUUGAGAUAGAGUGAAGGUUUAAUUGUGAGACUGUAGAUAGGUAAAUGAGAGUUUUGAUUAGAUAUCGGGGAGAGGGAUUUUGAUUGAAUACUUGUAUUAGAGAUUUUAAUUGGAUAUUUGGGAGAGCGUUUCAAUUGGAUAUUUGGGGAGAAGAGAGUUUUGAUUGGGCAUUUGGGAGAGUGAUUUGAUUGGAUAUUUGGGAGGAGAGUGAUUUGAUUGGAUAAUUGGAGAGGAAAGAGUUUUGAUUGGAUAUUUGGAGAGGGAUUUAAUUGGAUAUUUGGGAGAGAGUUUUGAGGUUUGUUUCUGUGAGGUUGUGCAUUAUAUGUCUAUUGAAUUUUAUUUCUUUUGUAAAUUCUUUGAAAUGUGUACAGUUUCAUUUUCAAAUAAAAAGAAAUAUAUGUACUAGAUUUCAUUUUAAGAGAUUUGUUAAUUUAAUUGCUGUAUAUUAGACAUAAACAGAUGAGUUUAUGACUAAUUUAUCAGGUAUAAAGGUACAGCUAUUUGUUGCGUAUUUUUCCUGCUGAAAGUGACAUUUGAUUUGAUCUCAACUCUUCAAAAGUCAUUAAAGCCAUAUUAAUAUGGACUCUUAUUGUAUAAUUUACAAGAUUGAAGGUUUUUAAUUGUUGGAACCAUAUAUAACAGCUGUGUGCCAUCAGGGAUAAAUAAAACUUUUUUUGUGAAUUUCAAAGUUGAUCACAGAAACAAAAUUUAAAUUUAAAUCUGUAUCAGUUUAAAUGGCUUCAUAAUACAUGUACAUUUGUAUUAACAAAACUUGAUCAAGGACUAUUUCUCUAUCAUAUGUCUUUGAUGCUACUUUUAAAACAUUUUUCUUUUUUCAUUAUCAGCCUUGAAAAUAAACUUAACUGUUAUGAAAGAAAAAUAAAUGAGGCUGUGUAUGUGAAUUAAAUCUGACCCCAAAAACGUACCUGUGCACUAUACCCAAGUGUGCACUAUACCCGCAAAUUUACGGUAGUUUUACAGUGUAAGAUUUUGGAAGGCGUUCAUGUGCACAUAGUAUUACCAAGUGGGCAUGAUCUGUUUUCCAGUAAUCCGUGGUUGCUAAUGAAAUACGUGUCACAUCGCUGAAACAUUUUAUUUGCUAAAUUGCUUUUAAUGCUGGUACGUUUCGAUGCUACACACAUUGCUAUAUGCCGUUCAUUACCUGAAUUGUAAAGAAUAUUUUGUAUAUAACGGGCCUGAAACAUACCAUACUUUUGACCAAAAUUUACUUGCUAAAACAGUAUUACUGCUCAACUUAUUGGCAGGUUUUACCCAUAUUCGCUGCAAGAUCCAAUUUCUAUGAUCAUCCACCGUAAAAUUUGUUUUAUUUACUGAUUUGUUUUAUUUACUGAGCAAGAGCUAGUUCCUUGAUAAAUUCAGUUCCCUUCAGAAAAUGUAUAGCAAUACCUGACAAUGAGGCCAAACGGAUAAAUAUGUAUGUUUCAUGUAUCUUGACCUACCCUAAUUUGCUGCCGACCCUAGAAAAUGUAUCCCCUACCUGUCUCUAAGAUUUAUUAAUUACCCAGCUCACAGCCACUUCUCCAAAUGCACUUUCUUCCUGUUCUGGGAGUCUGACCCUAAUAGCCAUUGUAAUGUGUGGAAAGGAUUUAUAAAAUUUGAUAUAAAGCAUAGUAUUGCUCCAUAAAAAUGAAAAAUUUAAAGUAAAAUAAAAUUAUUUGCCAACUGACCUACCCUAUUCAUUUUCAGGUGUGUAACCUGAAAGACAUGUUUUUGGCCUGAUACAUUUAGUUUUUGUAACAUUUUUUGCAUUUUUUUUUCUUUCUUAAUAUGACAUUGUGUAUUAGCAAAAACAAACUGUAUGAUCAAUACAUAACUUUGCAAAACAAGAUAUCCCAAUACUAAGUAAAUAGAUUCUGAAAAUAAUGACGCAAUAAUUUUUACAUUUUACAUGAAAAUUUGCCCAGAUUUUAUGUUCAAAAUUGAGCACAGUGUAUAUAACCACGGACUUAGAUAGUAAUCUAAUUCCGUGAUAUAACAUUCAAGUUUUAUGUUGAUAUUUUAUUCCUUUUGUAUAUUAUUUUUACCCUUUCACCACUGUAGACCAUAAUUAACUCAUCCAGAUCAAUGCAUGGUAGAGUCUACUAAAGUUACAUAGGGGUGAAAGCGUCAAGUUCAUCUCUUUACUGAUGCAAUAGUGUUCUUAUAAAGUAUGUAUCAGGUCAUUGUGACUUUAUUUGAAAAAAAUUGUAUCUACUAUAUACAAUUUAUUUAAAGGAGUUGUGACAUUUAUCUGCAAUGGGAAGCUAUGCAUUAGCUGCUAAUUUGAUAUGACUGAGAUUUGAGAGAGAGAAAGAGAGAGAGAGAGAGAUGAAUACCUGUUAAUAUAUUGAACAUACCUGUACGUAUUGUGAAUAAAAGAUAAUCAUUCCAA